CUGUUGAUUUGCCGCUUGGUGCGAACAGAGGAAGCUCGCUAGGGUAUUUGGCUGCGAUGGGCGAUCCUAAACAAGAAGCAUCACCAACAUCGCAAGUGGUGACUGACGACUCCGGGCCCGUCAAAGUGAGCUACGAAAUCGAGCAGGGCGAAGAGGGCACCUAUCACUCCCUCAAGCACAACGUCGAGGACAAGCUCCAUCUGGGCAACCAACCCGCUCCAGGAGCUCCAGAAACUCGAGAGCAGCACGCAACUCCGGAUCCAACGAAGCCCCGUUCAUCGCUUACCACUCUGACACAGCAAGAUCUUUCUUGUCCAACUUGGCAGCAAGAGCACGAGUCCACCAAGCUCAAAGUCCAGCGCGGAGAGGAGAUCGGAACCGGGUAUGAGCCAGACUCGGACUCGUCUGGCAUCGCGUAAGUGCCUUGGAGUUGAUGUUUCCACUGCUUCUCCGGAUGUAAAAUGACUUAAAAGUUGGUCUUUUGGACACCCAAGCAAGCGAUUCAUCCUUAUCCCCUGUA